AUGCAUUCUACAGUACGCAGUAUAUUUCAUGUUUUAAACAUAAUCUGUUUAUUGGUUUUAUUAUUGGCGUUUGUCUUUUUUGUCAUUGCAUUUUGGACGAAACUUCCUGUUAAAAUUAUUGAGCCAACAUUGAAAAAAUUACGAAUAGAUGGUAUAAAUAAUCGAACUGUAAGUGAUGGAGUAAAUAGUGUUCUGAGAACAUUUACACGUCCAAUAAUUUUACCAUUGAUGGCGAUAUCAUUUGUAUUUGCUUGUAUUUAUUUAUUUGGAGCAUUAAUCGCUUUUAAUCGAAGUAGUACACUUUUUCUUAUGUAUGAAGUUACUUUAACAGUAUGUAUAAUUGUACAUAUAGUGAUGAUAACUAUGGUGUUAAAACAUCCGGAAAAUAUAGAAAAAAUGAUGGAAAAACUUUUCGCAAGAAAGUUUUAUCUCUAUCGAUCAAUGAGCAGUCUUGAUGGAGCAAGUUUAUUUGCAGCUGUUGUCAUGAUAGAUUUAAAAUGCUGUGGUUACCUGAAUCCUUUUGAUUUUGACGAUGAUAAAACGGAAAGUAACGAUGAAUAUGAUGGUCAUACUUACGAUGACUUAUUAUUACCUAUACCAUGCUGUAUGAUGGAUAAAAACUUUAGAUUGAUUGAUAUUAAUUGUCCAAAUUUUCAUUAUAUGUCAGAAAAUGAACAAAAACAUCAUAAUAAAGGCUGUAAACAAUUAUUUGGUCAAAAGGUAUUUAGUAUUAUAGCAUAUAUUGCUUAUUUAUCAAUCACUUUGAUUGUGAUCAAUAUAGCACUUGUGAUAUGCGUUAUUCUGGUAUUGAAAGAAAUAUGGAUAUACCUUUAA